AAAUAAAGAUAGUUUACUAUAACGAAAUGGUAUCGUAAUUGUCGAUAGAAAAUAGUACGUAAGAUCGAAAACUAGAAACAAAGGAUAAACAAGAAAUGGAGAUGUUGUUAGCGUUCGGAACCUUGGGUUUGUUAUUCGCUUCAUCAGCCUUGGCCGACGACGUCCUCGUUCUAACCCAACAAAACUUCGACAAAGAAGUUGGUCACGACCGAGGAGCUCUCGUCGAGUUCUAUGCCCCUUGGUGUGGUCACUGUAAGAAGCUAGCUCCUGAGUUUGAGAAGCUUGGGGCUAAUUUCAAGAGGGCUAAGUCCGUCUUGAUUGGAAAGGUGGACUGUGAUGAGCAUAAGAGUGUAUGCACCAAGUAUGAUGUUCAAGGCUACCCAACCAUCCAGUGGUUUCCUAAAGGCUCUUUGGAACCUAAAAAGUAUGUAGGACCACGCACUGCAGAGUCCCUUGCUGAGUUCGUAAACAGUGAAGGAGGGACCAAUGUGAAGAUUGCCAAUUUGCCAUCCAGUGUUGUGGUGCUAAAUGAUGAUAAUUUUAAUGAGAUUGUCCUUGAUGAGACCAAAGAUGUGCUGGUUGAGUUUUAUGCACCUUGGUGUGGUCAUUGCAAAAGCCUCACUCCUAUUUAUGAGAAAUUAGCUACAGCGUUUAAAUUGGAAGAAGAUGUAGUGAUAGCCAAUCUAGAUGUUGACAAAUACACAGAUGUAGCUGAAAACUAUGGAGUAAGUGGAUAUCCAACAUUACAAUUUUUCCCAAAGGGCAAUAAAGCUGGAGAAGACUACCAUGGUGAAAGGGAAUUGGAUGACGUUGUUAGUUUCAUCAAUGAGAAGUGUGGCACCAGUCGUGAUACAAAAGGGCAGCUAACUUCAAAGGCUGGUAUUUUGCCAAGCUUGGACACAUUAGUGAAGGAAUUUGUGUCUGCUAGCAAUGACGACAAGAAAACAGUCUUGUCUAAGCUUGAACAGGAAGUUGAGAAGCUCAAGGAUUCCACUGCCAGGUAUGGAAAGAUCUACUUGAAAGCUGCUAAAAGCUGUUUGGAAAAAGGUGCUGAUUAUCCCAAGGAAAUUGAACGGCUGGAACGCAUUCUUGACAAGUCAAUAAGCCAAGCAAAAACUGAUGAAUUCACGCUGAAGAGGAAUAUCUUAUCAACGUUUACCUGAACUUCUUACCUCUCUGAAUUUCCAUUCAUUUUUUUAACGUUUUAAAUUAAAAAUAACUCCCUUUUGUCAAUCCUAAGCAGAAUUAUGUGUCAAAGUUUGCCUGAACUUCUUACAUCACUGAA